AUGUUCAAGCCAGCAAUUGGGCGGCUGACGCUCGGUGGGCGGUAUGCUUUUAGCAUGCGCAGACGGUCCGCUUUGCUAUCUCAGCAUGUUCUUAACCGCGCAUUUCUUCAUGAGAAGACGGAAAAAGAGAGGAGGCUAAGUGGGAUCAAGAAGAAGCAGGUAGAACUCGAGAGGGGCCAGAUGUUGGAUGUGUUUGUUCGGGACAAGGGCAUUUGGACGCGCACGAGCGCCACUGACAAAGACACGGGCGAAAUACCAGCGCUAUGGUUAAGGGACCACUGCCGGUGCUCCGAGUGUGUGCACGCCGAGACGAAGCAGCGGCUGAUCCCCGACGACAUCAGCUUGUCCGAAUGCGAAGAAGUCGACGAUGGGAUCGACGUAGUCUUCAGCGAUGGCCACCGUAGCCGCUUCAGCAAGGAUUUCCUCCGCAAACAAGCGUCUUACCUCAACCACGACGCUGUGCAGCAGGGAGAUUACACGCCGGCGCUCUGGGACAGGUCGAUCAAGGACAGGCCGCCGUCGGUCGAGUACGAGGUGGUGAUGCAGUCGGACGAGGGCGUGGGCGAGUGGACAGGCUUGAUUCGGAAAUACGGCUUCGCCUACGUCGACGGCUGCCCGGCGACGCCAGAAGCAACGCAGAAGCUGCUGGAGCGCAUUGCCUUCAUCCGCCACACGCACUACGGCGGCUUCUGGGACUUUACAUCCGACCUUGCCUCCAAAGACACGGCCUACACGUCCAUCGCUCUGGAGGCACACACGGACAACACGUACUUUAGCGACCCUUCGGGGCUGCAGAUGUUCCACCUGCUCUCUCACACCGACGGCGACGGCGGCGCCUCGCUGCUGGUCGACGGAUUCAAGGUUGCCAUGGAGCUCAAGGAGAAGGAGCCCGAAGCGUACGCGGUACUGAGCCAGAUUCCAGUCGGCAGCCACGCCAGUGGCAACGAGGGCAUCAGCAUCGUGCCUCAGGCCCCCCUUCCCGUCUUCAUCCACCAGGGAGUCAGGCUCGUCCAGGUCCGAUGGAACAACUCGGACAGGGCAACGCUGCGCAUGCCGCUGCCCUCCACGAAAAGGUGGUAUUGGGCGGCCCGGAAAUGGUCCGAGCUGCUGAAAGCGGCCGAGAACGAGUACUGGGAGCAGCUGAAGCCGGGCCGGCCUUUGAUCUUCGACAACUGGCGCGUCCUCCACGGCCGCUCGGCCUUCACAGGCAAGCGCAGGCUCUGCGGCGGCUACAUCAACUACGACGACUUCAUGUCGCGUUACCGCACUCUGAAUCUGCCGGAUGGAGGGAGCGUGUUACCCGCCGGGAGCUCCACGGGCAAUCGUCAGCAGCUCUACACCCACAACACCACCUCUGCCUACCCAGCUUCCUCCUCCGCCUCCUCCCUCCUUCCGUGCUCCGCAUCAGCUUGCUCUGCCCGCCUCUUCAACCGCCAGCUUCGCCCGCACCCAAACCCCGCCGCACACCUUGCCGCCACCAUGUCGACGCUAGAGGAUCUCGAUGACAUUGAGCGCUCGGGCAAGGACGAGAGGAAGGACGAGGGCGACAAGGACCAGGACGGCAAGAAGCCCACUGAUUCUGAGAUGAAGGAUGCCGAAGACACCAACAAGGACGACGACGUGCUGGACGCCGACAUCCUCAACUCGAGCACCCGCGACAUCAUCGCCCGCCGCCGCUUGCUGGAGAAUGACAUGCGCAUCAUGAAGAGCGAGUUCCAGCGGUUAACCCACGAGAAGGCCACCAUGCACGAGAAAAUCAAGGACAACAUGGACAAGAUUGAGAACAACAGGCAAUUACCCUACCUCGUCGGCAACGUCGUCGAGAUCCUCGAUCUAGACGUGACGGCCGAGGCCGCUGAAGAGGGCGCCAACAUCGACCUGGACGCCACCCGCGUCGGCAAGUCCGCCGUCAUCAAGACCUCAACACGCCAGACCAUCUUCCUGCCGCUCAUCGGCCUAGUCGACCACGAGAAGCUGAAGCCCGGCGACCUUAUCGGAGUCAACAAGGAUUCCUACCUUGUCUUGGACACGCUGCCUGCCGAGUACGACAGCAGAGUGAAGGCUAUGGAGGUCGAUGAGAAGCCCACCGAGAAGUACACGGAUGUCGGAGGCCUGGACAAGCAGAUCGAGGAGCUGGUCGAAGCCGUCGUCUGGCCGAUGAAGGAGGCUGAGCGUUUCAAGAAGAUUGGCAUCAAGGCACCCAAAGGCGCAUUGAUGUACGGCCCUCCCGGUACCGGCAAGACGCUGCUUGCCCGUGCAUGCGCCGCCCAAACCGACGCAACCUUCCUCAAGCUCGCCGGCCCACAACUCGUGCAAAUGUUCAUUGGUGACGGCGCCAAGCUGGUGCGCGACUGCUUUGCCCUGGCCAAGGAGAAGGCGCCCUCCAUCAUCUUCAUCGACGAGCUCGACGCCGUCGGCACCAAGCGUUUCGAUUCGGAAAAGUCUGGUGACAGAGAAGUCCAGAGAACCAUGUUGGAGCUGCUCAACCAACUCGACGGUUUUGCCUCCGACGACCGCGUCAAGGUUCUUGCCGCCACCAACCGUGUCGACGUCCUUGACCCCGCCCUGCUGCGUUCCGGCCGUCUAGACCGCAAGAUCGAAUUCCCCCUGCCCAACGAGGAGGCUCGCGCACAGAUUCUGCGUAUCCACAGCCGAAAGAUGACGGUCGAUGACAAGGUCAACUGGGCCGAAUUGGCCCGCAGUACCGACGAGUUCGGCGGUGCCCAGCUCAAGGCUGUUUGCGUCGAGGCUGGUAUGAUUGCCCUGCGCUCGGGCCAGAACAAGAUCAGCCACGAGCACUACGUCGAUGCUAUUCUCGAAGUGCAGGCCAAGAAGAAGGAGACGAUCAACAUGUUCAGCUAA